AUGACGGUGUUUAAAAAGAAGCCGAAGAUCGACCAUCACGGCCAUCACGUGAUUAUGCGCGAGGGUGACACAUGCAGCUCGGCGACAACGGAAUCGGAGGGCAGCGAGUUCCUGUCGAAGCGAGCAAAAUUGGUUUGUACUUUUCGGGGUACUCUGUCCAAGAUCUUUCAGUCCUACAAAUAUCAGGUACGUGACAAAUAAUG